AUGCUCCUGAGAGAUUGUUUUACUCCCGAAUUUGUGAAAGAUAUGACCGCGUCUGAGCGAAAGAAGGCCCAAUCAGCGAUGAUGUUACUCGCGGAAAAGCAAUUCAAAAAGACAAUUAAAGGUCGCCUAGUAUACCGAGGCGAUGGAACUCGUGAAUGGUUAUUGCAAGAGGACACUGCAAGUCCAACUGCUUUGCAAGAAGCAAUCACCACUACUUGUGUUAUUGAUGCACACGAAGGUAGAGAUAUAAUGGCGCUGGACGUGCCUAACGCUUUCAUUCAAAUUUAUAUGCCUGAAGCUAAGGAAGGAGAAGAUUGUAUCUACAUGAAAAUCACUGGCAUGAUGGUCCAGAUAUUGAUUGACAUGGCCCCAGAGUAUCGGGAAUACGUUGUAUUAGAGAACGGAAAGCGAGUAAUCUAUGUGCGGGUACUGCGUGCUAUAUAUGGGAUGUUCCAAUCGAGCCUCCUAUUCUAUAAUCAGUUUCGAAGUGAUUUGGAGGCAAAGGGAUUUGUUUUCAAUACGUAUGACCCGUGUGUUGCUAACAAAGUUAUUGAUGAAAAGCAGCAAACUAUCAGGUUUCAUGUUGACGAUCUUGUGUCAAGUCACAUGGAUCCAAAAGUAAAUGACAAAUUUGCUAAGUGGUUGAACAUGAGAUAUGGUUCGAUCCAGGCAUGUAAAAUCGUCAGAGGAAAGAUACACAGAUAUCUUGGAAUGACUUUGGAUUUCUCCGUGAAAGGAAAACUCAAAAUCCGCAUGGACGACUAUGUCAAGAACAUGUUGGAAGAUUUUCCUAUCAAGUUCAACAAGGAUUCAAAGCAGGAAACACCAGCUGGUAACAAUUUACUGGAGGCUGGGAAAGGAAAGUUACUCAAUGCUGAGUACCGUCAAAUCUUUCAUACUACUGUUGCAAGGGGACUUUAUGUCUCUAAGAGAGCUCGUUUGGAUAUCCAUCCAACGAUUACUAU